GAUAUAUAUAUAUAUAUAUAUAUAUAUAUAUUCCCAGGAGAGGAGGUGAAAAGGUGCCUGUCAAUGCGCGACGGCGUGCCACGCUCGUGCACGCGUCAAGACGCCGAAUCCGAGGAGUAGCUUCGCGGCCCCGCCGAGCCGCCUCCCCCGCACGCAGCCGUCCCAGUGAUAUUCACGCUUCUAGCUAGAGAGAGGGAGAGAGAGAGAGAGAGGGGGAGAGAGAGAUCAUCCCGCACUCUCCCGCAAUCAUGUCGGUAACUCGGGACACUACGACACGCCGUUUGUUUGGGAGCGGUUGUUGAGUAUCCGCCGAACGAUGAGUCUAUCCCUGGAAUCGCCGGACGCAGUUCUAGAAGCAUAACUGAGAGAGUAUAUAUGGAAUCAAAAUGGCACGCAGACGCAAAACCGAAGUGAAAUCGUCCGAGAAGUCGUCUCACAAGUAUGUACCCGUGCGCAAGUCCAGCAGACAAAUAGCCAAGAAGCAGUUGGAGGAGAAGAUAAACGGAUACAUCACGCAGACGUCUUGCUCAAACAGCUCGGAGGACUCCAAGUCCGGCGAAGGUCACAGCCAGGCUCCUUUCAAGAAGAAUCAAAAUUCCCUAAAGAAACACAACAGGCAUAAAGGCGGCUCCGGUAACAGCGUGAUUAUAAAUAAUGAGAACGCUGUGUACAAUGCCGGUCAAUAUAAGCGGGACGCGGGCGAGAGCGACAGUCAGGACGGCAUAGAUAGUAUGAUGAAGAAAUCGGAGAGGCUCAGCGCGGAGGACAUACAGCAGGUCGUGGUCGGCAAUCCGAGCCCGAGCGGCGAGCCCGCGCCUGCGUCGAGCAGGGUGGAAGCGUGGUCGGAGGAUGUCAUAGAGGAGAUGAUAAUCUGCGAGGAGGUGCAGGUGGAGGAGGACGUUGGUGACAAUAGUUACUCUAUGGCGCGCGACGACGUUAUAGUCGAGGAAGUAUUACUCGUAAACGAAUCUAAUCUAGAGGACAAGAACUGUGUAGAAUUUACUGUGAUACAGAACGAGGACGGCGUGAUACCCAAGUCGGGGAGCGCUUCGAACAGCGGGUAUCACGCUGGUAGAAGGGAUGUCAAUAGUGUACAUACGAGCCAAUCAGAAAAUUCCAUAUCAGCCAUGCGCGCGGACGAAUCGGUGACCUCGUGCGGCAGUGGCAAGAGCAACGCUGCCGAUUCUAACGCGGAGAAACCUUGUAUCAACAAGAAGAGAGUCGGGUUGGAAAACGGCGGUAAGAGACAGAAGAGCAAGACGAUUUAUGAUAACAUCAGGAAGGCAAUUUCGGAGUCCAUUUCCGAGGAAGUUCGUUUGUGCUCUAUCAAGGACGACUCCGGCUCCUCCACGGAGGAGGACAGCUGCAGGCGGGAGGGCGCGCGAGUGAAAAAUCCGCCUGCGGAUUCGUCACAUGACGACUCGUUUAACAGGCUAGAUAAUAAACUAGCGGAUAUGCAGUUAAGCGAGUCUUCGCAAGAAAUACAAAAGUUAAUGAAUGAUCUCUCUAGCGUGGAAAGCACCGACUCGCCGGUACAAACUCCUUUAAAUAUGGAAAAACUGUCCCUGAUCCAAUUGAAUAUCGACGACGAAAGUAGUUCGUCGAUACUGGAUAAAAUGGAGCAAUUACAUCAUCCGAAUAAUUCCGUUAGCUCUGACAUUAAAGAGAUGUUCGCUACGGAGCCCAACAAUAUCGUUAAAACCCGAGAGCGGAAUGUCUUGGAGUCCCACCCCUGCGUUGAUAAGCUUCAGUGUGAGGAUCGAGCUUCGUUAAAGUCGAGAGUUACGCAAGACAAGAAAAGUGCGAGCCAGCAAAGGAAUCCGGAGCACCUAACGGCCACCGAUGAGUAUCAAGACAGCGAAGGAGAUAACAAAGUUGACAACGAAGAUAUCAAGUUGUGCAGCAGCAGCGAAAAUAGUAACGACACAUUAUCGUCGCUUACCAAUUACAGAGGACGGGACUUUGAUAUAAGAAACGCAAUUGGCGGUACGGUCGACGUUGACAAGAAACUUGAAUCUAGGGGUCGCAGUGGAAGCAUUGAUGCGACGACUUCUGAAAAUAGUUCAAACAGCUCGGGCGUAAGACGUAGCAGUAGAAUUCGAUCUAUCGGAUUGAUGAAGCAAAGAUCUCGUGGGCGUGGCUUGGUUACAAAACCCAAUGUAGACGUCUCAAAGGCUGUUCUUCAACAAGAUAAAGAGAAAGUAAUUAACAACACAAACUCUUUAGUUGUACAAGAAGUAAAACCUGAUAGCUUUGAGACUCAGUGUGAUAAGGAAAACAAUUCCAACAAGAUUUCAACUUCGAUUGAUACUUCAACACCUUUGAGCACUAGUUACAACGCUACAGGAUAUGAUUCUGAUUCUUCAAAGCCAGUUAAAGUAAAGUCCCGUUGGCGAAGAUCGAGCGAGCUUGAAAUGGGUGGAUCAAGCGCAGGAUCUAUCAUUGCUCCUGUGUCGAUGCUCGGGUCAUCCGUUGCUCCCCCAUUCGAAUCAGGACGUCACGCGCCAGUAAAUAUAGGGGAGUCCACGUCGUCAGAAUCAAAGUAUAACGUUAUUGGUACAAAUAUAAAAGUUUGUACGGAAUCGGAACAAAUUAAAGAUGUACCAGUGGUAUCCAGUAAUCUGUCUACUGUCUCAACGAUAACACAAAUUCCAAAAACUGUAGGCGCAAAGAUUUCGUUGCCGAUGCUUCUCGAAACUGAAGACAGAGAAAUGGAGGAAAGACUGAGUCAGUUCGAGCACUUGCAUGAAAAUUUGUAUCUUACUGAAAGAUUUACGAAUAAGGAAACCAAAAGAAUGGUAUGCGAUUGUUUCUUAACUGAAGAGGACAUUGACAGAGGAGAACUUGGUUGUGGGGAAGAUUGCCUUAAUAGACUUCUCAUGAUAGAAUGUGGACCUAGAUGCGUGGUAGGUGAUAGAUGUACAAAUAGAAGAUUUCAAAAUUGUGAAUAUGCCAAGUGUGAAGUUUUUCGAACGGAGAAGAAAGGUUUCGGGUUACGUGCUGUUACCGACAUAAUGCCGGGCGAAUUUAUAAUGGAAUAUGUAGGAGAAGUUGUAGAUCCGAAGGAUUUCAGACGUCGAGCGAAAGAAUAUUCCAAAGAUAAGAAUAGACAUUACUAUUUUAUGGCAUUGAAGUCUGAUCAGAUUAUAGAUGCUACCAUGAAGGGAAAUAUAUCCCGAUUUAUUAAUCACAGCUGCGACCCGAAUGCGGAAACGCAAAAGUGGACAGUAAACGGAGAAUUACGAAUAGGCUUUUUUAAUAAGAAAUUCAUUACGGCUGGCGAAGAAAUUACUUUUGAUUACCAUUUUCAACGUUACGGCAAGGAAGCUCAAAAGUGUUAUUGCGAGGCACUGAACUGUCGAGGUUGGAUAGGCGAGACGCCUGAAGAAGAAAAGGAGAAGAUUGAAAAGAAAGAAAAGCGCGAAAGAGAUCCGAAGAAGAAGAAGGAGGAGAAGAAACCUGCUGAUUAUAUGGAGGAUGAGGAUUUGGAGGAGGAAAUAGACAAGUUGUGCUCCGGUGGUUUGAAGAACCGAGCGCACACAUUAACGUUAAGUAGAUUAAUGGUUCGUAGUAGAGAAUUAGAGCACAGAACGCGUUUGUUGCGUCUUAUUCAGAGUGGUGAGCAACCGUGUCGAAGAUUAUUCUUGGAUUAUCAUGGAUUACGUUUAAUUUGGAGUUACGUUAUGGAUCUUGCCACGAACGAAUCGGAAGAGGCUCAACAGUUUCGCUUAGAAGUGUUGAAAACUCUAAAUACACUGCCAAUACCAAACAAGACAAUGUUAAUGGAUAGCAAAAUAUAUGGCGUGGUUGAAAGAUGGGCGAAAAGAUUGUAUCUUUCUCUAAAUGCUGAUUCCCCAGAAGACGAUCAGAUUAAAUCAAAGAUGAGCUGUGAAGACUUGAAUAGUAAUUCCGAUAGCAACGAGAAGAAGAGUCCCGAUGAACGUCUGACUGACAUUCCAGAUAAACGUAACAACAAUAUUGAAAGUUGUUUGGCGGUUGGCGAAGUUAAAUCAGAGAAUACAGAUCAGAAUCUUAUUCCUGAUCUGGCUUCUAGUCUUCUUGCUGAAUGGUCCAAUCUAAAGGAAGUGUUUAGAAUACCAAAAAAAGAAAGGAUCGAGCAGAUGAAGGAGCAUGAGAGAGAAGCAGAUCGAGGAUAUAGAGAAGAAUUGGAGAAAGAAGAAAAGAGGGCCACAUCGUAUGAUAGUUUUAGACCUAGAUCUGAUAGGUAUAAUCGAAAUGAAAUUGACAAACGUGGCGAUAGGAGACGAGGGCGAGAAUCUCCAGAAGCAGAUCAUAAUAGAACGAAAGAUAAAAGAUUAGAAGAACGAAGUUUAGUUCCUAUACCACGAAUGACAAAGUACGAGCGUAGGCAAUUAUUCGCGCUGAAAGUUGCAAAGGAGGAAGAAGAGAGGCAACGUCGUCAGCAACAAGAAUCGUGGCAGGAACAUGAGAAUAGAUGUUUGGCGCUGGGUAUAGACCCCCAUACUACUGCUAUGGUUGAUCCUCAAACUGGUUAUCCUGUUUUUUAUAAUCACACUCUUGGUCAAUGGCAGCAUUAUUCCACUCAAGACGGAGGAGAAGCGACGCAGCAAUGCACUCCUGUUUACGUAGGAAGUGCUCAAUCUACUGGUAUGAUGGGCCAGAGUCCUCAUGUACUACCAUCAGCAAUGACAACCGAUAUGUCGUCCGGAAUUACGACUGGUAUUCCACCAGUAGCUUAUUCAUUAAGUCAAACACCUGUGUUCAGUCAAACAUCUUCCUACUCUUUGAUAUCACAUCCGCAACCAUAUACCGAGGGGCAACUACCUCUUCCAAAUAGUUUAGUGUCUGUUUAUGGGGGCGUCCCUUCCGCGUCAAUUCAAGCGCCUUUUUAUAACCAAAUCGAAAAUCCCGUAGAUCAGCAAUUCCCUAAUCUCGCGUCCACGGAAAGCGUCACGAGUCGACCGCAGCCCGAAGUUUCGGCAAUAGACUUGCCACCGAAAUGGAAGAGCGCGACGGAUAGCAGAGGUAGAACGUAUUAUUAUCAUGUGAAGGAAAGAAUAUCGCAGUGGUUACCUCCGCCACCCGAUCAUAUCGGGGUGCAGCCAGACUCGUCGUCUACCUCUGAAUCUAGCGAAGAAUCCAGUUCGUCGAAUGAGGAUGACGAAGAUAAUGACGAUGAUCAUAGCGAGGAUCUAAGAAACGACGAUAUGGAGGCAAGUAGCGUUCUAACAGAUAGUCCUUUGAGCACAUCUAGGCCAAAUGUAUUUAAGAAGUUAGGUGGUCAUAAUCUGACUGGAAGUUCACUGCCGUUUCCUGAAUCUAAGAAGAGAAGAGAUGGAUUGGUCCAAGAGAGAAUUAUUAGUCCACGUAGGGAAGAGGAUCGUAUUGAUCAUAAAGCAUACAAAGAAAUAAAGGAGAAACUACGACGACAAAAGGAAAGAACGAAACUGAAAGAUGUUGAGAAGCUAAGGAAACAUAGACGAAGUAACAAAUCAAAGUCUCAUUCGCGACAUGGGUUGAGCAAGGUGCAAUCAACAUCAGCCGAGAUGUCUCCUCUGUCUGAAAGGAAGAUCAAGGAUACAUUUAGAAUAAACAUGGCUAAUGUGAUGGUUCACUUCUUGAAUCCAUAUAGGAAAAAUGACUGCAAACAAGGUAGAAUAACUAACACCGAAGAUUUCAAGCAUCUAGCUAGAAAGUUAACGCAUUUUGUACUUGCAAAGGAAUUAAAACAUUGUAAAAGCGUGGAUGAGUUACAGUGUAAUGAAAAUGUUAAGCAUAAAGCGCGAGAUUUUGUACGUAAGUACAUGAGCAAGUUCGGGGCGGUGUACCAGAAAGGUACAGACGAGGACUAGCUGUAAUUUAUGAAAUGGAAAAUUGUUAUUUAUUCCGCGAGCACUUCGUUUACCGCGAAAUAUAUUUAGAUAAAUAUAUUUAGGUCCAUAUGUAGAUACACAUUUGUAAUUGUAUUAUUGUAUAAUAGGCAAGUUUGUAUAUGCGUGAUAAAUGUUUUUUCAUGAUUUAGCAGUUAAUAAAAUUUUAGGAAAUUUUUAAUUUUCCGUACAUUAUGUAUAAAUUUGACACUUGUUCAUUUAUACAUGCUAACUGCGCAUGUUGUAUCUUUUAUAAAUAUUGUAACUUAUAUGCCAAUACACACACGGUGUAAAAUAUAUGCUCUUAUAGUUGCAUAA